AUGACACUGGAGUCCAUGAUGGCUUGCUGCCUGAGUGAGGAGGCCAAGGAGUCGAAGAGAAUCAACGCUGAGAUCGACAAGCAGCUUCGCAGAGACAAGCGAGAUGCGAGGAGAGAACUGAAGCUUCUGCUGCUGGGCACAGGUGAGAGUGGCAAGAGCACCUUCAUCAAGCAGAUGCGCAUCAUCCAUGGGUCAGGCUACACUGACGAAGACAAGCGCAGCUUCACUAAGCUUGUCUACCAGAACAUCUUCACCUCCAUGCAGGCCAUGAUCCGCGCCAUGGAUAAUCUCAAGAUCCAGUACAAAUAUGAGCAAAACAAGGCCAAUGCAUUACUGGUGCGAGAGGUGGAUGUGGAGAAGGUGUGCUCCUUUGACCAGCCCUACAUCAGUGCAAUAAAGAUGUUGUGGGCAGACCCGGGCAUUCAGGAAGCCUAUGAUCGCAGGAGAGAGUACCAGCUCUCUGACUCUACCAAAUACUAUCUAAGUGAUCUGGAUCGAAUUGCGGACUCGUCGUAUCUACCAACCCAACAAGAUGUGCUUAGGGUUCGCAUUCCAACUACUGGGAUCAUUGAAUACCCUUUCGACUUGCAAAGCAUCAUUUUCAGAAUGGUGGACGUAGGAGGACAGCGGUCAGAGCGCAGGAAGUGGAUCCAUUGCUUUGAGAAUGUGACAUCCAUCAUGUUCCUGGUUGCCCUGAGCGAGUAUGACCAGGUCUUGGUGGAGUCUGAUAAUGAGAACCGAAUGGAGGAGAGCAAAGCCCUCUUCCGCACGAUAAUCACCUACCCCUGGUUCCAGAACUCCUCAGUCAUUCUGUUCCUCAACAAAAAGGACCUGCUGGAGGAAAAGAUCAUGUACUCUCACCUGGUCGACUACUUCCCUGAGUUUGAUGGUCCGCAGAGAGAUGCGCAGGCGGGUCGCGAGUUCAUACUGAAAAUGUUUGUGGACCUGAACCCGGACAGCGACAAAAUCAUCUACUCGCACUUCACCUGUGCCACGGACACAGAGAACAUCCGCUUCGUCUUCGCCGCCGUCAAAGACACCAUUCUGCAGCUCAACCUCAAAGAGUACAACCUGGUGUGAGGGGAGACAGGGAUACCUGCAGCCCAGGCAGAAAUACGAUUUAUAUGUACCCCACACACUCAUACACUUAACAUAAUCAAGACUGACACAGUCCUACUCUUCACAGGCACAGAUGUUUCUUAUAUUCAGUUCUUUUAUUUGGCCAUUUUUUUGUCAUUCAGGCAGUGUUAUCAGUUGCUGCAGGAAAAUACAGGCUCUCGCCUUCUCACAUCAGCUGAUAACUCCUCUGCCCGUCCCUUCUGAUUGCUUCUCUAACAGAAGGGCUUGGGCAGUCGGACUGCGUGUGGCGGUGGUCGACAGGGUCCUAGUUUGCACUGUAGCAGUUGCAGGUGAGAAUUGAGGUAAGACUUUCAUCAGAGGAGACCCUGACCUUAAUCUUAAGAGGAAACGAUGUGAAUGGAAGAAGAACUGCAACCGCAUAUGAAAUGCCAAUGAGAAUUUUGGCACAGGCGCUAUUCUAGCAGGGCAUUGGGUGCAGUUUUUUCUGCAUGCCUCUCCAAGGCUAAACUUCAGCUAAACUUCACCUUGUAUGCUUGAAUGUACCUCGGAGUUCUUUUGGAAAUAAUGGGCGUUAAGACAUUUCUUGGAGAAUGGCAAAGGCUGUAUGCAUUGAUCAGAUUUUUGUAUAUUAGGAGUAAUGAAGAGACUUCUCGCAAUUACAAGUUCUACCGCUGCACUCCAAAAAGCAAUGGUUAUUCAAGAACCAUGUGAAAAUGGGCUCCACUCUCAAAUUAGGGGAUAGAUUGAUAACGGUGUUAUGACCAUGUCUCUAUAUGUACUAAUCUAUCUAACUAAUUACCGCUCUGCAUUAACAAAUUUAAUGAUUCUAUGAAAAUUAUUAGCAGUAGGUUUACCAUUUAGCCAACUUUCCAUUUAGCUACAAAUGAAGUACAUGUUUUUGCCAGUAUUGGUUGCAUUACUCGGUACAGUUGAAGGGAUGCAAUGAAUAUUUAAUGAAGUUUGCAAAACAAAUUUGUAUUUUAUGUAUGUUUACAUACAUUGUUAAGAAACUCUGGCUCAAAAAGUUUUAAUAUAAUCCAGGUAUUAUUUUGCCACAUAGUAUCUAUUAUUUAGACGAUGUGUUAUAGUUGUUGAAUACUGUUAUGCAGUGUAUCGUGCUUAUUUCAUGGUUAAAUUUAAUAAAUGAAGGUAAUCUCAAAAAGCUAUAUAUGUACAGAGAGGGCAAGAAGCAAGAUUGAAGUAAACCAUAACCCCUAACAUAACUCUUAGUGUUAACUGCUGGUUCCAUGUAGAACUCUUCUUUUGGCCAAUAUAGUACCACACAAAAGAGUGCUGUACAAAGUGAAAUCAAUAUUUUCUAUUUAUGUAAUUUAUGGACCAGAUAUGUAAUGUUAAUAAUAGGACUCUCCCCCCUAAUGGUUCUUUGAAAUGAUAAGGGGGUCAGAGUCCAUACUGCUGUAAAAAUCUAUUGGCUAGUGAUUUGCUUUUCUUCCAGUAUUUAGUACAUGGUUGUCACAGUUCUGUUCAUGCUUAGGUUUUUUUUUUUAUGCUUGAGAAGGGGAACUUUUUAUGCGCUUUAUGCAAAUAGGAAGGCAGUGGUUCAAUUCUUAAUUGGUCUAUGCUUGCAUUUUGUAACAUAGUUUGGUAUUGUUUCAGUACCAUAUCUUAGUUCUUGCUGUUGAUAGCUCUUGAAAUUCCAUAGCUGAUCUUCCCAGUAGGUUUUUUUUUGUCUUUGCUAUGUAAUUCAGGUGAGUUUUCAUGCUUUCAGUACAAGGGCUAAUUAUAGGUGAAGCUGAUGAAACGAAAGGACUCCGUUAAAGACUACAGAGCAAUAGGUGGAAUGAAGUGAGGAGCUGAAUCAGGGAGGUGGUGUGAUGAUGUGUGAGUGGUAGGAUGGUUAUAGUCACCACAGGCUGGGUUUUUUUAAGGAGGGAUACACCUCAAAUUGUUUGAUUUGACGUGAUUAGAACACCACAUGAAACUCUAAGUAAAUGCGAGCUUAGGUAAAAUUUCUUCUCUCAUAUUUGUAUAUAUCUAUUUUCUCCCCUGUAAGUGAUUCUAAGUUGAAUCUCUGUUAUGUCAGUAUGAACCAUACUCUUGAGGUUGAUGUGAAAGUUGUAAAACUUGUAAUCAUUUUCACAUACAUUUCGCAUUUAUGCAAUUUUUGUUUUGGUGCAGCAACAACAGGGGCUAGCUGGAUGCUUUGAUCGUCCUUGGGCUCGGUUAUUAAAAAGCACUUACAUUUCUUUGGUGGUUGUGCCCCACUUGGUUUAUACGUUUAUUGCAAGAAUUAUGUCCUAUUUAUGGAUGACAAACAUCUUCCUUUGUAUUAUACUCCCUUUAAUAGCAGUGAUCGGUAUGUUCUGUCUGUGCUGUUUAUCAUUCUUAUUGGAACACUUGAAUCCUGAGAGGUGGUGCAGCUUGAGAACAGCCUAAGUCCAUGCUGUACCCACGGAGGGUGCAAGUCAUUUUCUUGUUGGUGCCACAGACAUCACUUAUGAGGAUAACUUCUUUUGAUUUUGCCUGUAUCUGGAUGUAUUAAAGAAGCUUUUUUCUUGGCUUGGAAGUUUGUGCCAGUGUUGCACUGUACAUGCUGUUCUUUGGUUACAUUUUGCUAUAAUAGACUAGAAGCAUUGUCUACAUGUAUGAUAUAAGUUUGGAUACUUGCAGAACACAUGAAUAUGUUCAUGUACGAGUUAAUAUCUUUUGGUGGAGAAUUCAGGUGCCGGGCCAGUGAAAAGUGCAGUAUCACUUUCAGCAUAGAGGUAAUAUCAACACUCCUCAUAUUUUGUCGAGCAUUUCCGAUGAUGGAAUUAUGUAUAUUUAUAUCAGUACAAACACUAACGUGUGGCUGCAUUGCCUAGAAGCACCACAUGCAAGGUAUGUCCAUAGGUUUGUAGACAAACUGCUCCUCCUCCUUUGCUUCUGAAAAUGAGGGUAUGAAAAUAAAUUCCACAGAUUCUGAAUAAUGUAGUUGUUUAGAUGUCAAUAGAAUCAUUCAGCGUGGUUUGAUAUGGAUAUGAAAGGGUGCAUGGAAGAGAAACUUUAUGGACUAAUUUCUUUACACUGGGUUGAUGGGAACCAUGUGUUGAUCUGCACUGCAAAUAUUUGCUGACAUCAGAAGCUUGUGAACUUCUACACAAGUUCUGAGUAAUUUGCCUCAUAAGAGCCUACAUUUAUCCCUUUGCCUUGGCUUUUUAAAAAUGUUUUAGGCCAAAACCUCAUCUCGAAAACAUCAUAGUAUCCCAGGCAUCAGGAAGUAUUUCAUGUAACAUUCACUGAGAGCUUUUAGAGGUAUUACAGCAAAAAGGAACUUUUUUGAAUGAAGAACAUGCUAUUGUGUGGACUUGAUUGAGUUUUGGGAAGGGGAAGGUCUGCUGUCAACAGAGGAUUCUGGGAGAGAAUACCUCCACUCCCCCAAAACGCAGCACAGUGGCAGUUCAGUCGUUAUUGGGCCAACCCACAGAUGCAGUUUUUUUUCUUUUCUUUUUUUGUGGAUACAUUACAACUGAAAUAUGAAAGUCACAUUAUUCAUGUUGAGUUCUUUCUUUAGUAGCUUUUGAAUAACAACUAAAAAAAGUUAUGUAUGUAAAUAAUUGUUGGCUAACAAGACAUUUAGCUUUCAUUUAUUCUUGACUGAAAUUGAUAGAACGUUGAUUUCUGUGAACUGUCAAUACAAAUAUGAGAGUUGAACAGCCAUCUACAAAUUACAUUGCAAGCAGCAAUCAUCGGGGUUCAAGCACUGAGCACUAUUAUGGAGCCAUUUGAUCACACAUGAUGGGCAAAGUUUUUAGAAUGGCCACUUAUUCUUAAUAGAUGUGGGGUCUCAAAAGAAGAUGGCUGCCAAAUUUUGUACACAUUACCCUUGUGAACUUAGGAAUUCGACACAAUUUUUAAACCAAAAAAAAAAAAAAAAAAAAAUCAAAAUACCUUUUAAUAACAUUUAACAUUUUGGACACGACAUAUUGGCAUAGUUGUUGAAUGACAUGAACCAAAUAAUUUCAUAGCAAUUCCUCUUGUAUGUUAAUUAAUAAAAAAAAAAAAAAACUUUUUCCUAGUAAUGACCACCUGACCUGCCUCAGGGGAUUGGUUUCAGAAUUUGUAACUUUUUCACUAGUCAGGAGUUUUUAAUGUCUGUGAACACUUCAGACGUCUGGUUCCCAUCACCACCACUGUGAACAAUUCUCACUUGCUUAGUUUGUUUAGAAAAGUGCAUUCACCUCAAACCACUCUGAAUGACCAUUUGUUGUGAAGUAAUUAACCAUAAUUUUUGACAAAUCUGUGAAAUUGCUACUAAAACCCCACUCCAACUCAUCACAGAGGUACCCGAAGGAGCUCCAUCACUCCAGAGAUCAGUUUCAUUGCUUCACUGCCCAGUGCAGGGGGUGGGAGGUGCAUUCAUACCCCUGUUGCUGAUGCUUGGCAUUAAACAUGGUGACCUUAGGCUCAUGUGCAGCUGUUCCUGAGCGUCUCGUUCUAUUGGCAGUGCUUUUCUAUGGAGAUUAUAAGCUGUGUGCGCAAUUAAAUGCCUGUGUCAGUAAUGAGUGCACCUUAAAGUAGCUGAAUUCACUAAUUAGAAGGCAUGUCUGCAUCCUUUUGGUACCAGCAGCUCCUGUAAUUUCCAGUUAGCAGUAAAACACUACCAGAGUCCAGUGUUCCAAUGUCAUGUAUUCCAGAAAUGAACUACAGAACGUUAAGCUUUAAUCACUGAUCUGCUUUCCAGGGGGGCUUGUCCAGCUGAUGAAUUCUUGAUGGCUAGCUUUUGUUCUCCCUGAGUCAGUGUGCUGAACCAGCUGAGAUCCUACCACUUUUCUGUUUGUUCAAGCUUGUUCCUGGUACUCAGAGAUCUGAACACUAAUUAAUGGAAAAGAUGCUUUUGCUUGGUCCACACUGAUGUGAUGGAUAUAUAAAACAUGAAGCUACUUUUUCUUUUCUUCUAAAUGCUGAUGCAUUGCCUGAACACUUGUAUGUAGGACCACUUAAUUAUAAAGGGUUUUUUUUGUAGUGGUGUAUAAAAUUAAAAGUAAUUUUGUUUUCUUUUGCUCUUUUUUUUUUUUUAAGCGUACCAAAUGUAAAUGAUGUACUAUAAUGUGUGCCAAUUCCCUUUCUUUGUAGAGCCAGACUCUUUUAACAAGUGCCAAUAUUGUGUAAAAUCAUAAAAAAAGGACUUGGGUCUCUGUAUUUUAUGGUUCUGUUUUUAAGCAAGCCAACACCAAGUAUGUGAUUAAGUUUAAAAAAAAAAAAAAAAAAGACAGUUUUGUUCUUUAUUUAAGGUUAAAGAUGAUAAACUGCUGUUUUUAAACGAAAUGACAUCCUAAAUGCAUGUAUUAGUUUUGCUGGGGUGGGUCGGGUGGCCUAACUGUUGAUCAUUUACAGUAUUUUAGCCAUAUUUCUCUUUUGUAUGUUUUCAUUUCAACCACUGUUGCCUGAACCUCAUUCAAACAUGAAAACGAUUUUCAUAACCUUCUCCUUGAAAGAAAAGUUAUCCGUUUUAAAUUGGAAUAAACUUUGUUCCUAUA